CGUCAGAAGGUCCCUUCUCCCACUCCGAUAUAGAAUCAACCAAAACACAACACACCCAUCACCUAUCGGCUUCAACGGCAUCACACAGUGACAGUCACAGAAACAGGAAGUCUCCCGACCCAGCAUUUAAUUAGUCACAUGGUACAAAGAUGUUCGUCACGUUGAUGUGAUGUCACCGUAGCCGCUGCCCGCCUGCAGCUGCACAGUUAGGGACCACUAGCUGCUAACCUGCUGCUGCUCUGCACGGUGGUCACUCCAGCAUGGCGGUAGCCAGUGGUGGCGAGCAGCGGCCGCUACUCGGCUUCGGGCAGGCAGUGAUCGGUCCCCCUGGCUCCGGGAAGAGCACCUAUGUCCGCGCUGUACAUGCACUGCUCACUAGCAUGGGCCGCCCGGCUGCCAUCAUCAACCUGGACCCGGCGGGUGAAGAAGAGCCCGGGGCGGCUGUCACCCUGCGGGAGCUGCUGUCUCUGACGGAGGUGAUGUCAGAGCUGCACCUAGGACCGAACGGCGCCCUGCUGUACUGCAUGGAGUAUCUGCAGGGGAACCUGGACUGGCUGCGGGACCGGCUGCUCAGCCUCCGGGGCUCUUACCUCCUGUUUGAUUGCCCGGGGCAAGUGGAGCUUUACACCCACCACCCGGCUCUGCCCAAAAUACUGAAGCAGCUGGAAACUUGGGGCCUGCGGCUGUGUGCAGUACACCUUGUGGACUCCCAUUAUUGCACAGACCCAGCCAAGUUCAUCUCUGUCCUGUGUACUUCUUUGAGUACCAUGCUUCAUGUGCAGCUGCCACACAUCAACAUCCUUUCCAAGAUGGAUCUUAUUGAGCAGUAUGGUCGCCUUGCUUUUAAUAUUGACUACUACACUGAGGUUAUGGAUCUUUCCUAUCUGGUGAAUCAUCUGACCUCUGAUCCAUUUUUUCGGCGGCAUCGUAGGCUUCAUGAGAAAAUAGCGGAGAUCAUCCAGGAUUAUGGACUGGUGUCAUUCAUGCCACUCAGCAUCAAGGAUGAACAAAGUAUGAAGAGAGUUUUGGCUGCUGUGGAUAAAGCAAGUGGGUUCUGCUUUGGGGCAGAAAACAGAUCACCUGGAAAUCUUAUGUCUGCUGUAGUAGGGGCGGACUUCCAUUUCACAUCAACACUGGCGUUUCAAGAGAAAUAUGUUGAAAAUGAGACGCGAACAGUGGAAGAGGAGGCAUUGGACUUGUAAUCUUCAGUCUGCGUUGAGGCACAUGGCUUUCCUAAUGAGGAAAAUGCAGCUGAUAUAACUUCAGUAUAGUAUAAGUAUAGCUGUAUGAAUCUUCUUCACCUGGACACUGGAUAAAGAGUUGCACCAUCCUUGGAGUUCCAUUUCUACUAUAUAGCAUGCCCUACUAAUCAUAAAAAGAAAAAAACAAAAGAACAACACAAGAUGUGUAACUUGCUAGUGUCACUUGACUGAAUACUGUAGAAGCAGAAGGUCAUACGGAGAUGUAGGUAAUGGAACUUCUGCAAUCAAGCUUAUGAGGUCUGGGGCCAAAUGUAAUAGAGUGAGAGAUUUGGUAAGGUUCUGCCGUUUGUUUAUUUUUUAAAGUGGCGAUCAUUUACACAGCAAGAUCAACAUGGUUUUGCAGUGUAAAUGAUUGCCACUUUAAAAAAAAAACUACUGCAAAACCUUACCGAAUUUCUCACUCUAUUACAUUUGGCCCCUGGUCUGCAGUUGUGACCACAUUGCUUUUACAGGUCUGCCCUUGCUCUUACCCCGUGUUAGUCACUUUGGCACAUAUGAUGGCUUUUACCAUCUGUGUAUUGUUCAUCAUUUUCCAGUGUUUAGGACUGAAUAUAAUUUACAGUGAGUACAGCAACACCGGUGUCCAUGAUCCUAGUGCCUGUUUUCAUAGUGCAUUACUUUUACUGGAUUCCCUUUGGAAUGCUGCUUGUGAAAAUGCUUACAAAGUGCUCAUUAGAGCUUAGGCGUGAGGAAUACAUUUUGGUUUUAAGUUAUUUUUUUUUGUAUGAAAUCUAAAUAAAAAUCUCUUGUUCUGUUUUA